GACGUGAAGGAAUGCGACUUCUUGGAGUAGUAGUGAAACCAGACAAAGUUAAGCGGAGCAGCAGGCCGCCGACGGGUAGAGAGACUGAAGAUUCAUUCAUCGGAUCGGACAGAAUAUGCUGUGUCCCAAAAAGAAUAAAUCCUAGUAAUAUUCGUUCCGCUUGGAUUAUGGCCUCAGAAUCAAUCCAUCCGUACCGUGUACGAGACCAUCAUCGCAACUCCACUCGCACGUUAAAAGCUACGAGGAAACUCUCCGCACAUCGAGCGAAUUGAUCUCACGGAAGACCGUACGACCCGUUUUAAUUAUCAGGAUCAAAUGGGUCGUGUUGUAUAGUACUGAAUCGGGUCUGUCUUCUCUCGUCGUUCGUUUCGGCGCCAGCUAAGAUACAGGAGCUUGAAAGUAGACCUUAGAUUCCCUUCUCGCGUUCCCUGCACUAAAUGCUGCGGAAGCCUCACGCUUUCGGGUUCGCCUUUGCCCUCUCUCUCUCUCUCUAGGACUUUAUCUUUUGCCUUCGUUGACUGAACUCCCACUUGGGUCCUCUGAUUCGGCCCUUUCUUUGACCGACACCUCGCGGCGGAAGCAGCGAUUUCUUCCUGGGCAUUUUGUCAGGUGAGUACUAGAGAGAAAACUCCAUUGGGGCUUGCUCAUUGAUCCAUGGAGACUAGUGGGGCCAGUCAUUUGCUUAGGUACAGAAAAUUGGAGAACUUCUUCAGUGCUAGCACUUCUGAAGAUAUAGGAGCACCAUUGAAGGUUGCGGCAAAGGAAGAGGUGGGGCGGUGGGCUGAUGUGUUCAAGGAUGAUGACGGAUGGGUGUCUAUAAUGAUAUCAUGGUUAAAAAUAAUUACGUGCUUAAUGACGAUGAUGGUAACAACAAUCAUCUGGGCGCUAAUCAUGCUUGUGCUGAUUCCGUGGCCAUACGAAAGGGUACGGCAAGGCAAUGUUUAUGGCCACGUGACUGGUAGAUUGAUGAUGUGGAUUUUAGGGAAUCCUGUGACAAUUGAAGGUUUGGAGUUUGCUAAUGAGAGGGCUAUUUACAUCAGCAACCAUGCAUCUCCAGUAGACGUCUGUCUUAUAAUGUGGUUGACUCCCACUGGGACCGUUGGCAUUGCAAAGAAAGAGAUCAUUUGGUACCCUUUUUUUGGACAACUCUAUGUGUUGGCGAAUCACCUCCGCAUAGAUCGUUCGAAUCCAACUGCUGCCAUUAAUUCAAUGAAAGAGGCAGCUCGUGCUGUUGUCAAAAACAAGCUCUCUCUAAUAAUUUUUCCUGAGGGGACCAGGUCAAGAAGCGGACGAUUGCUUCCCUUCAAAAAGGGUUUUAUCCACUUGGCAUUGCAAACCCGCCUCCCUAUAGUUCCUAUGGUCCUAACCGGGACUCAUCGAGCGUGGACAAAGGGCAGCCUCCAUGUUCGAGCUACGCCUCUCGCUGUAAAGUAUCUCCCUCCUAUAAAAACCGAUGGAUGGGUGGCUGACAAGAUCGAUGACUACGUAAAAUUGGUCCACGACCUAUAUGCUCAGCACCUCCCUGAGUCCCAGAGGCCUCUUGUAAAUACUUAGGCUAGAGAGUUACCGUAUCAAGUACUACAGUAACCAAUGGCCUGUAUAUUCUUUUUCAGUUGGGACAUAGGGUUGGCUUUUAGUCUUUAUGGUCAUGUUGUACUGUUGUCUGAUCAGAUUGAAAUUUGAGCAACCUAAUUACGUGCUUUGCUUCAUAUGAA